AUGGCUCAAGCCACAACGAGCUUUUAUGCCUUUUCCAUCCUCCUACUAAUGGUGGCGAUGGCCGAGGGAGCUCCGAAAGCUAAGUUGGUUAAAUGUAAGGACAAGAAGUUUAGUGAUUGUUAUCAGCAGCCACUUUUCUGCCCCGCAGAUUGCUUACGAACGUGUGUAGUUGAUUGUGUCUCGUGUCAGCCUGUUUGUAUUGCUCCACCACCACCUCCGCCAUCUCCACCACCACCACCGCCAAAACAAAAAAAGCGCUCACCUCCGCCUCCACCUCGUUCUUCACCACCACCAUCCCCUCCUCCUCCUACAAUUGUUGCCACCCCUCCUCCUCCUCCUACUAUUUUUGCCUCUCCUCCACCUCCGACUCCUGUUGCCAAUUCAACUCCACCUCUUCCUCCUCCUUCACCACCUUUGAGUCCUCCUCCCACCUCACCAUCAUCAACAUCUCCUAAGAAGGUUUACUGCAGUAACAAGGCCUACUCUGACUGCUACCGCAUGGAGCACUACUGUCCUAGUGCAUGUCCUGAACAAUGUGAGGUUGAUUGUGUUACCUGUAGCCCUGUUUGCAAUUGCAAUAAGCCAGGAACAGUAUGCCAAGACCCAAGAUUCAUUGGUGGUGAUGGAAUCACCUUCUACUUCCAUGGCAAAAAAGGCCACGACUUCUGCAUAGUCUCUGACUCCAAUCUACACAUCAAUGCUCACUUCAUAGGAAAGAGAAACCAAAACAUGAAGAGGGACUUCACUUGGGUUCAAUCCAUUGGCAUCCUCUUCGACAACCACCAACUCUUCCUAGGCGCCAAAAAGACGGCAACUUGGAAUGAUGCCAUUGAUCAUCUCGACCUAGCCUUCGAUGGGGAAUCCAUCUCCCUCCCUGAUGGUGAUGGCGCUACCUGGACCCCAGCCCUGACCUUGGCCUCGGUUGUGUCCAUCACAAGGUCUCAUGACACCAAUGCCGUAGUGAUUGAAGUUGAAGGGAACUUUCAGAUCAGAGCAACAGUAGUGCCAAUUUCCGAGAAGGAUUCGAUUAUACACAACUAUGGUAUCACUGAGGAGGAUUGCUUUGCUCAUCUUGAUUUGGGCUUCAAGUUUUACACAUUGAGCGGUGAUGUUAAUGGUGUUUUGGGUCAGACAUAUGCUGGGAACUACGUGAGCCGUGUUAAGAUGGGAAUCAACAUGCCUGUUUUGGGUGGAGAGAGAGAAUUUUCCUCUACAAGUCUGUUCUCCACAGACUGUGCUGUUGCUCGAUUCAAUGGUAGUUCAAGUGCUUCUUCGAAGAUUCCCGAAGUUGCUGACAUGAAUUGUGCAAGUAGGAUUGAUGGGAGUGGAGUAAUCUGCAAGAGAUAA